AUUUUUCUUGAAAUGAAUUUUGAAAAACAAUUGCAAAUCAAUAAUUUUAAAAUACUGAGUUUAGUUUUCGAGGACAUCGAGUUUAGUUAAAUAAAUAACCUUGCUAUAUAAAUAUGUCGAAAGUUAAAGAACGCAUGUUUAGCAUGCAAUAUUUGGAACACAAAAAUUUUCCAGUUUUUAAACAACCACAAAUACGUGGAUAUUUUAGUGUUGAUAAAGAUAGAAAAAUAAAAUUUGAUGCAUCAAAUUUACGAUAUUAUUACGAAGGCACACGUUUACCUAAAAAUAAAAAGAUAUCUCUUAAUUUGGAUGCAAACGUAGAUCAAGCGAUUAAGAAAGAUGAGUUUUUAAAAGAGAUUGAACAAAUAAAUCAUAUGUUAUAUUAUUUAAAACAUAAUACCGAAUUUCAUCGAAGUACAAAUUUGGAUGAUAAGAAAUUUUUCUCAUUUGAUUUCAUUGCAUUUCGUGGUCUUUUAACUUUAAUUUUGUGCACGCCAUAUGAAAGAAAUGAAGGAUGGGCAAUUAAUGCUUCGUAUUUUAAGGGCAAUAUCUAUUUAUGUGAUACUAUUACGGAUCAAAAGCGGCAAAAUAUUUUAAAUGCUAAUGAUAAAAUGAAAAGAUGUUCGUCGUGGGGCUAUAAAUUUGAACAGUAUUUACUUACAAGCGACCCAAAAAUUUCACCCGAUGCUUCAAAACCAGUUGAUGAGAAUGAAGAAUUUUGUUGUAUUUUUGAAACAAAAAUAAAUAACGUACAAUUAUUAUAUGGAGCUGAAAUGGAUGGUAUAUUAAGCGAUAAAAAAAUUGAUGUAAAUAAUCCAAAUGACUUAAAUAAUGUAAAAUUUGUCGAAUUAAAAACAAAUCGAGUAAUUGACAAUAAGCGACAGUAUCAAAAUCAUCUACGUUAUAAAUAUAUUAAGUGGUGGUGUCAAAGUUUUCUGGUUGGAAUUAACGAUAUUCUUGUUGGAUUUCGAAACGAUCAAGGAAAAGUUUUGACUUUGGAUAAUUUAGAAGUGAAUGUUAUACCAAAAAAAGUUAUGGGUCAAUGGAGUCCUAGUGUUUGUAUGAACUUUUUAAAAGAAAUGUUAGACUUUAUUAGUUUUGUGAUAAAAAAUGAUGAGAACUUAAAAGAAGAUGAUCCAGAUACAGUUUGGCAAUUUGUUUGGAAACCACCUGCAUUAAAUGUAGAGGUCAAAAAAUAUUGUGGACGAUCGAAAGAAACUUUCCUUCCGGAAUGGUUUGUUAAUCAUGUACGAACUUUUGAAAAAAGAUAUAAGGCUGAAGGUGUAUCAUAACUAUGAAAUAAAAUAUGGAUUUUUUUAAAUGAAAAUGAAUAUGAUUGACUUAUUUUGAUUUAACGAGUUGAAAAGGUUUCAAUGGAUCUCAAGUUUAUUUGAACGUAAGAUCAUGUAUUUUAAAAUAUUACGCCUUCGAACUUUUGAAUUUUGGAGCUGAUAUCUCGAUAUCAGUGCUAUCAUUUUUGAUGGAUUAAAAUUAGUCUACAAAAAAUUGU